UGGCUAAUCUGAAACACCAGUUUGUUUGACAAACAAUCCCACUACAUAGGCAACCUCUGAACAGGGUGAUAAGUAGUGUGUGCACGAACAGAUCAUGACCAGAAAGAAAAAAGGGUAAUUUGCCAUCAUUUCAAGGCUUGUGGCUGCAUGAUAACACUGGACUCGCAGCACAUUGAUUCUGAUUGGACACUGCUCAGAUUAGCAAUGAAUCUGGGAAAUGUCGUUUUACGGUGAAGUCAACAAGCGCUGCUUCUGUUGGAGCAGUCUUUCAAGUGAGAUUCCGAGUUUGAUAGCUGCAUGACCUGGAACUUGGUUAACAUUGAUCGUUUCGUAAAUUCGACGAUUGUAGUUCAGCGACUUGAAACAACCUCAUGAAAGAUACGAAGAGGCCCACUUUAUGAUGCGCUUGUGAUAUCCGUCAAUCCUUUCUCUUCGACUGUCUUCCUGUUGCACCGCGGUGAAAGCAGAUUUCCUAGUUUAUCGGAAUGGGGCAAAAUGAACAACGUCGAUCAUAGACAACUAUACGUGGUUGUAAUUGCUGCAGAAAGGCGAACCUUGGACAUCUGACAAGUAUAUACUUGUAGCCUAUGAACCACAAAAAUGAAACAUAGAGCUUCCCCGAGGUGGACUGUCUGUCUGCAUUCGCCCCAAUGAGGGACGAAGGGAGCCGCACAAAUACCGCACACCCCGCAGAGGGAUCGCCCCCUCGAGUGCUGAAAUGUUAAGAUUGGAAACCGGGUGCGUGUCACCUGUCUGAGAUUGUCAGACUCACACCUCGGGGGUCCCUGAUAGGAGCUCCAUGAAGCCAAGCUCACAGACACACAGGGAGAAUUGUGUCAUUUGAAAUCAGUGUUAAGAAGGGAGUUUUUUUUCCCCCGCUGACCUUUUCGACUGCAGUUAAAAAAAAAAAAAAAAAAAAAGCUCCAACUCAACAGGGUUCUAGGAUGGAGUGGUCAUUGGAGAGGGUUAGGGAGAUGGUGGCUGGUGGAAUGCAGUCCAUGAGGGAGUGUGAAUCCAGUGCCUUUGGCACAGCUAUGUGUCUGCUGUUGCUCUUUGUAUGGUAUUGUUACAGGGUGGGCCGCGAGCACAGCUCCAGCCCUCUGCGUGGGGGCUACAGCACAGAGCCCAGUCGGGUGGGUGGGGGCGCGGGGGUCUCACUGAGCCCAGAGGGCGGUGGCAGGGGAAAGGGGAGGCAGGUGUCCGGCGUGGAGGAGCAGAAUGGCUUCGCCUACUGCCAGUCCACAGAGUGUUUCCGCUGCUCACACACUGGGGAGGGUCUGAACCAGAGGCUGUACCAUAGCUUGCAGGAUUACGCCAAGCGCUACACCUGGUCCGGGAUGGGGAGGGUGCACAAAGGGGUGAGGGACCAAGGCCGCUACCUCACCAGCCGGCCCACCAUCCAGAGACCAGAAGUGUUUUUCCUCCCAGACCUGCCCUCUGCACCUUUCUUCUCCCGGGACGCACAGAAACACGACGUGGAGCUUCUGGAGCGCAGUUUCCCCGCCCUGCUGGCUGAGUUUGAGAACAUCUACCAGCACCCCCCUGCCAGGGCGGGCUCUGCGCUCCCUCCAGGGUGGAAAACCAACACCACCCCUCACGGACAGUGGUGGACCUUCUACCUGGUGAACCAGGGCACUCCAUUGGCCCUCAACGCCCGGAGGUGCCCCCGAGCCUGGCGAGUGCUCGGCCAGCUGCGUACCUUCAUCGCUAACAACGUGUUUGGGAACGCCUGCUUCUCUGUGCUCACCCCCGGGGCUCUGAUCGCGGAGCAUUACGGGCCAACCAAUGUCAGAGUGCGCUGCCACCUAGGUCUUAAAGUGCCCCCUACGUGUGAGCUGGUGGUUGGGGGCGAACCACAGUGCUGGUCUGAGGGCAGCUGUCUGCUGUUUGACGACUCCUUCCUGCACAGGGCCUUCCAUGAGGGGAGUCCUGAGGAUGGUCCCAGAGUUGUCUUUAUGGUGGAUCUGUGGCAUCCUAAUGUGGCUGCUGCUGAGAGACAGGCUUUGGACUACAUUUUCACUCCAGGACGCUGAGAAGAGAGGAGAAGAGGAGUGAGUGAGUGAAUGAAUGAAUGAAUGAAUGAAUGAAUGAAAGAGUUAGUGAUUGAGUGAGUGAGUUAGUGAUUGAGUGAGUUAGUGAGUGAGUGAGUGAAAAAAACACCUGAGACAGAGGGCAGAGAGCAAGUUGUGUGAAUUGAACAGUGGGAAUGGGAAACAGCUUUAGUUUCUCUACCAGUACCCAAGCUCACUGUGUAUAUAUGCUCAGUUGUCCUCUAACCUUACUUCUCCCUGUAUCCUCUCUUAGCAGCUAACGACUUUGACUAACUAAUGUCAAAUGUUGCAUAAAUGUUUACAAACACAAUCCUUAAUGCGUGAUUAUCCCUGCCCAUGUGUGAUAAGUGUACUGUGUCCUCCUUUUAAAAUCAAUACAGCUUUCACAAAACAUGGUUGGAUAAGCACAUUUUUAGGUCAAAUGAUUUGCUCGAGGCAUCCUGUGCUGUUGCUGCACUGGAGAAAUGUUUGUUACUCGUGAAAUUUACUAAUUGAGAAAUAGUUGUAAUAUGGUUGGAUUUGAUAUCAACUUUGUAUUUCUGUAAAUAGGGUUGAUGUACUAAGAACCACAAGGGUUUAAAAUGGCAUUUCAAUUAUGUUUUACUGCUUUUACGGAUAUUAGUUAAUAUUUCAAAGCAGUUGAUGUUCUAAUUGUUAAUUCACUUGGUGUUACUAUUGUUUAGUGACAUUUUACAUAAUUCAGUGAUCUUUAAAAUCAUACCAACAGUAUUGUGUAAUUAUUCCUUCAUAGAUUAUCAUUGUGCUGAUUUUAAACAAUAUAUUUAAUAAAUGGCCGAUUUUCGUUUUAAAUUCA